GGUCCAAUUUGAUUAGACAAUGGCUAAUUAGUCACUACUUGCGAGUAAUUCACUCAUUGGUGUUUAGUUUUUUCUUGGUUCAUUAACUUGCAUGGUUACAAAUUCGUUCAUCUUGUCAGUUUUUCAGGCACAAACGCACAAUUAAAUGUGAUAACUUGGAACUCCUCACAUAUUCCGUUACCUGAAUCGAAACACUAAAAAACGACUGUAGAUGGCUUUCUUCGAAAAUUACCUGAGCUUAUGAAAAUAUUUGUCGAUACUUCUAAGUUAAAGUUUAAAAAAAAAACACAUUUGGAAAUUAAUUGUGAAUUAAUAUAAACAAUUUUGCGGAUGUGUGGACAAUAAUUUUAUAUAAUAUGACCAGAGAGAUUUAUACCCAGUUUCAAGAUAAAAUGCACUCGCGGUCACCUUCAACGAAUAGUUCACUUUCUUCACCGAGUUCACGAAGCUCCGGCCCGUCAACACCUCAGCGAUGUCCGUUCGCAAUUCACGAACUCCUGGGCCUGGGCGAUCCCGAGAAGCAAGGCCCACGCCCUGCACCGAUCCUAAGAUCACCGUCUUUUCUCGGUUUUCCUCAUGAUUUUCGUCUGCCUAUGUACAUCGGCAAACCAGCAUAUGUUCCCUCUCUUGCUCUCGGGUUUCAAAGUGCUUUAUUGCAAGGAAGAAGACAAGCUCAUGAACACCUCAGUACAAGAAACUCAGUUUCAGAUACUGAUGAAGAUCACGUGACCGAUAAUACAAGGGUUAUGAGCCCGACGUCGACAAUGAAUGCAACAAACAAAAAGAAGAGGAAGAAGAGACGACACAGAACGAUCUUCACGAGCUACCAAUUGGAUGAACUAGAGAAAGCUUUUGGCGACGCACAUUACCCGGACAUCUAUGCUCGCGAGGUACUGUCUCUUAAAACGGAUCUACCAGAAGAUCGAAUUCAGGUUUGGUUCCAGAACAGGCGUGCCAAAUGGAGGAAGAAGGAAAAGACGUGGGGACGAAGCAGUGUGAUGGCCGAGUAUGGUCUGUAUGGUGCUAUGGUCCGACACUCCCUCCCACUUCCCGAGAGUAUACUCAAGUCGGAGAAAACAGGCGAGCCUUGCGCCCCAUGGUUACUUGGUAUGCAUAAAAAAUCAGUAGAGGUCGGAGGAAAUGAAAGCGAUGGAGAGGAAACAAAUUCGACAGUACAUUUUAAAGAAAUUGAGCAGAAAACUGCAGACGAAAACGACCCAGAUUCAAUACGCUCAAACAGCAUCGCGUCACUACGAGCUAAAGCAUUGGAACACAGCGCAAAAGUCCUUAGUGAAUGUCGGCUUACAAAAGAAACUUCUGUUGCCACGAGUCACCAACAUUAUCACAGCCCUUCAACACAAUUAGACGUGAACAUGAACGCCGAUACUGAAGAAAAUAUCGACGUGACGACAACAGAUGAUGACGUCACAGGCAGAAGUUUUUAAAUCUUAUUAUUUUUAUUUCCUUUUAUAUUAAUUUAAGGAGAGUUUUUCAUCCAGCGAAGCUGACAUUUGAUAACCAGGAUUAUCUAUAUAUAAGAAAUAUCGCUACUAGCAAUCCUAGGCACAUGUACUUAAAUAAAGCCAAUAGGCGUGUAUGAAGCUUGGAGAAUGUAAUUGAUUUGAAUUUGUACCCAGGACUGGAUUUUAGGCCAGCGCUCUCACCACAGUCCCACAGCUUCGAUAUAGGCCUAUUCGUAUUCUGUAAAUAUAUAAAAGAGUACUUAUUGCAAUCAACAUCCCAAUAAAAAUGCAUCAACAAUUAUUAUUAUUAUUAUUAUACAACUAUUCAUUUAUGUUAAUAUUAAAAAUUGUUAGAAAAACUGAAUUUAAAAUUAUAUAUAAACGGAUGGUCAGUUGAUUGAACUCAAUUUCGUAAUAAUGUAAUUAAAUUAAUGUAAUAAACGUAAUAAAGAUGAGGUUUUAAGAUUCAUCCUCUUUCUUUAUGAUACCUAACCAAUAUUUAUGUUUGAGAAUAUACUUGCCUUUAUAUAUAUAUAUAUUUAAAAAUAUCCGUUUGAAAUGAAUACGUGUGAAACAUAUGCUUAUAUGAUAGGCGAUUUCAAAACAAUUUGUAUAGCGUUAUUUAAGCUUAUAUUAUACAAUUCACUAAAUACCAUUUGUAGAAGAAACUAUAUUAAACAGCAAAUAGUGAUCGUUCAAAGUAAGCGAUACAAAACUUUAGGUCUAUUUUAUAACAUUAUUGUAAUAUCAUUAUCGCUAGAACAUAGGCUUAUCAAGUUUUGGUGGGCACAAAUCACUCCUAGAAAAACAGUUAUUUUCAAUUAUAUCAUUAUUAUUAUUAUUAUUAUUAUUAUUAUUAUUAUUAUUAUUAUUAUUAUUAUUAUUAUUAUUAUUACAAUAAUAGUACUGCUAUUAUUACCAUAACUUAUUUAUUGUAUUAUUAUUUUAUAUUAAGCCUAUAUUAAUAUAACUCGCCAAUAGGAUGGAAAUUGAAUGCUUUGAUUACAUACCGGUAGCCUACAACUGUCAAUUUUAUUUAACUUUAUUGGAGAGAAUUUUAGAGUGACAAAAAUUAAAGAAUACAAGAAUACUGUCUGCAUUUAGCUUUAAAAUGAGUCAUUAAUGUUUGUUAAAUGCUAUUUUGUUGUAACUCGUCACGUGGUUCUUUUCGUCACGGUUUUUCGUGAUUAGCUGAGUGCAAUUGCAAUAAAAAAAAUUAACAAUGUAUA